AUGCACUUGCCCAACCUUUCCGCGGCGGUUGCAUUAUUGGCAAUUGCAGUAGUCACAGGCCCACCACUAGUGGGUUGCAUGGUUGGUGGGCGUGAGCGGGACACGGUGAGGCUCGCGGUUACCUGCUCCGUGCUGCAUCUUCAUCAUGGACGAGGCCUUUUUGAUCCGUUUGUUCUUUUUAGCGAGCGGUACAGUCAGCAUAGGCUAUGCAAGCCGCGGUAUCCCGAAUAG